AUGGACAAAAAAACUUUCAGGUUGAGUCUGUAUCCAGUGACCUUUGUCUUCUGUCUCUUCCAGGAACAUGAAGGGUGCCACUUUAUUCACACUCGACACCAAGGUCUAUACUUUGUCAUAAACAUCAGUUCCAGUGACUCUCCCUUCUUGUAUAUCGAUCUUCUGAACCGGCUGGCUUCCCUGAUUCGUGAUUAUUGUGGGGACCUUAGCGAGUCUGUGGUCCGGCUCAACUUUGCUCUGAUCUAUGAACUCCUGGAUGAGGUUCUAGAUUCUGGGUACAUCCAGACAACAUCGACAGACAUGCUGAAGAAUUUCAUCCAGUGUGAUCCCGUUGUCAUUAAACCAUUCAGUCUGCUGGAUCUGAGCAGUGUGGGGCUGUUUGGAGCCGAGACUCAACAAAGCAAGGUGGCUCCCAGCUCAGCUUCCAGUCGGCCGGUCCUCUCCUCGCGACAUCAGCUGAGUGAGCAGAAUGAGAUCUUCCUGGAUGUCAUAGAGCGCAUGACGGUGGCCAUUGGCAUAAAUGGUACUCUGUUGAAGGCCGACGUUCAGGGUGAACUGCGACUGAAAAGUUUCUAUCCAAACUGCCCAGAGUUACGGAUUGGUGUGAGUGAAGAAUUUUGCGUUGGGAGUUCAGAAUUGAGAGGAUACGGUUUGGCAGUGCGGGUGGACAGCUGUCAGUUUCACGAAUCUGUAAAGCUGGAUGAGUUUGAGGUCAGUCGGAUCCUGAAAGUCCUUCCUCCUCAGGGAGAGCUGACGGUGAUGCAGUAUCAAAUCUCAGACAGUCUCAGCGCCUCCCUCCCUUUCCACCUCUUCCCCCAGUGUGGAGAGAGACCCCGGGAGCAGCCGGCUGCGGAUUUUUUUGAAGCUGCGUUGUGAUCUGAGCCCCAAGAGCCAGGCAAUAAACAUACGUGUGCAAGUACCGGUGCCGAAAGGAGCCAGCAGGUAAGUGUCCACCAAGCACGCAUAGUACAUAUGUCCUGGGGCGGCUGCUGGAAUUUCACAGAAUUUGAGGCUUCAUCCCAGCUUUGUCUGUCUCCUACAGGUGGAUGUGUCUGGAUGCGUCUCCCUGCCCUCCAUCCUGGACUUGCCUCCCGUGAAUCUCUCCUUUCAGGUACCAUCCCACACCAGUUCUGGCCUUCAGAUCCGUUUUCUCAGACUCAGAAAUGAACGGCCAACCGCCAUCCACACCUGGGUUCGUUACCUGACCCAAAGUGACUCGUACAGUGUGCGGCUCGGGUAG